AUGGAACUAGGAAACGUUGCAGCGGUUCAAAAGAAGUUCUCCAAGGCCGAGUUUCUUGGAGAAAAUAAGCUAUUUCCACGAGAUCUCAGGAAGAUCGAUUCAUCUAAUAUUGACGUGGCACCGAUAAUUGCUGUUCGAGAAGAUUGCAUACUAAUUAACAUGCUUCAUAUUAAAGCGCUCAUUAAAGACAAUGAAGUCAUGAUAUUUGAUACGUCCAACCCGGAAUAUGCUUCCAAGUUGAGUCUUUUCAUGUAUGAUCUUGGGUCCAAGUUGCGAACCAAAGUGGUCCAUGGAAAUAACUUGGAGAAUCCUGCCGCUUUUUAUGCCAGCAAUCCCAAUCAGCCGUACGAAUUCAGGGCCCUGGAAUGCAUCUUAGUGAACGUAAUGGCAGUUUUGGAGGGUGAAUUGCAGCAUCACUCCAAAGUUUGCACUGGCAUAUUGGCACAAUUGGACAAGGAGAUUGAUCGAGCAAAAUUGAGAGACUUACUCGUUCACUCAAAGAGCUUGACUACUUUUUAUCAGAAGUCUCUGUUGAUUCGAAAUGCCUUGGAUGAGUUAUUGGACAAUGAUGAUGAUCUUGAGAGUCUGUAUCUUACUGAGAACAAGCAUUGGAUGAGUGGUUUUACAAGUAAGGGCCAAUCGCAUAGCAAUAAAGCUUCUGAUACUGAUGGACAGUCUGUUAAGAAACCUCUCAUAGCGUCCGAAGAGCAAGAAGUUGAUACAGGAGAAGUUGAAAUGUUACUAGAAGCAUACUACAAGCAGUGCGAUGAAAUUGUUCAGCAGGCAGAGACUCUCAUCAACAAUAUUAAAUCGACUGAAGAAAUAGUGAACAUUAUAUUAGACGCCAAUCGUAAUUCACUCAUGGUUUACGAGUUGAAGAUAUCAAUUUAUACGCUUGGAUUUACCGUUGCUACCCUCCUGCCAGCAUUUUAUGGAAUGAACUUGAAAAACUAUACUGAAGAGUCCACUCUGGCAUUUGUUGCCGUAGUGGCAUUGAGUUGUCUUGCCGGAAUGACCAUAAUAGUUUAUGCCUUUAGAAAGCUACGGCUGGUGCAAAAAAUGAGCACCGUGAGUCCAAUACGAAUGAAUAAGCUGGAUCAGAGAAUAAAAAUUAAAUUGAAAAGACUGAUGAUGAACCGAAAUGCUGCUACAUACAAUUCCAAGAUGAGAGCUAAGAAAGAGCAACAGGAUGUUGUAUGGAGGUGGCUAGUUGGGGACAAAUAUCGCGGGAAAUGA